AGACUCGCGGGACGGUGCGGCGCGCUGGGGGCCCGGGAGAUCCGCCUGUGCCGGCGCCCUGCAAACGUCUACAAGCUGGCUGCAUUUGCAGGCCCAUCUCGUACAUCGCUUAGAGCGCAUUUUGUAAAGGAGGAAGCUGGUACAGACAGGUUACGAGACGUGACCAAGGUCAUCCAGCCCUCCCAAGUCCAGGAACCGUCGGACCGGGCGCAGGCCGGACGUUCAGAAGUCUUCGAGAGAUCCUCCCAGUAGCAGCAGUCGAACAGGUGAGGGGGAGUCCUAAGAUCUCCGCCUAACAAACCUCCAGGGGCCCCUGAGAGGAACGGAGGCCACCGAAGCCACAGCAGGGCGUGGGCCACGACCCCAGAGCUGCGGUGGGAUGCCCAGCUGUGAAGGUGGGCUGGAGGAGCAUCAGGUCCAUGCUGGCUCGGGCACCCAAGGCUUGGCACGGGCUCUUUCUGCUCAGGCCUCUGGCCCUCCCUAGGAUCCAGGGAGCUGAGGCCGGGCAGGUGAGAUACCGGCUCUUAGCAAGGCAGGGCCCUGCAGAAACCGGCAAGCCAGGCCAGCCCCGGGGCCCUCGGCUGCAAACUAGGUUGCUGAUCACAGCCUUGAUUGGGGCUGGGCUGGGUGGAGCCUGGCUGGCCUUGAGGGCGGAGAAGGAGCAGUGGCGGCAGCAACAGCGGACAGAGGCCCUGCGCCGGGCCGCUGUGGGCCAAGGCGACUUCAGUCUUCUGGAUCACCGAGGCCAAGUUCGCUGCAAAGCUGACUUUCGGGGCCAGUGGGUGCUGAUAUACUUUGGCUUCACUCACUGCCCAGACAUCUGCCCCGAUGAGCUGGAGAAGCUGGUGCAGGUGGUGCGGCAGCUGGAGGCGGAGCCUGGCCUGCCCCCGGUGCAGCCCCUCUUCAUUACUGUGGACCCUGAGAGGGACGAUGUCGCGGCCAUGGCCCGCUACGUGCAGGACUUCCACCCAAGGCUGCUGGGCCUGACGGGCUCUGCUGAGCAGAUCGCCCAGGUGAGCCGCAGCUACCGAGUAUACUACAGCGCUGGCCCCAAGGACGAGGACCAGGAUUACAUCGUGGACCAUUCCAUCGCCAUCUACCUGCUCAGCCCCGACGGCCUCUUCACCGACUACUACGGCAGGGCCAGGUCGGCCCAGCAGAUCACGGACAGUGUGCGGGGCCACAUGGCUGCCUUCCGCAGUGUGCUGCACUGAGUCGGGUCAUUAAAAGGUGAGAUGCA